AUGGCAAUGGGCAACGGUCAGUUUCCAGGGUGUAAGGUUACCUGGCGCAAAUCUGUUUCAGUGCCCUCUCAGGAGCUGAGAAUUCUGCUGCUGGGGAAGAACAGCUCAGAGAUCAGCAGUGUGGGAAACGUAAUUCUGGGCAGAGAUGCGUUCCAUACUGAAGCUCCUCCUCCUUCUGUGCAGCAGCGCAGUGAGAGAGCCAGAGGAAAACUAAAGGAAAAAAACAUCACCCUCAUCAACACACCUCACCUGUUUGACUCUCAACCCUCUGUAGAUGAACUGAUUCGCAGAGUGACAGAGUGCAUGUCUCUUUGCGCUCCUGGACCUCAUGUUAUAGUGCUGGUUCUACAGCCUGACAACUUCACUGAGACAAACAGAGACAGACUGUAUAGCAUCGUCUGCUCUCUGUCUAAGGAGACUCUUAAACACACCCUGGUGCUGACAACACAAACACUGCAGUCCGGCACCAGAGUAGAUCCAGUUAAAGAGAAUGUCUCUCAGAAGAUCAUCACAGAAUGCAACAACAGGCAUACAGAGUUUAGAGGUAGAGGCAGUCGUGUUGCUCUUCUGAACAUGAUAGAAGUGAUGGUUGAAGAGAACGGUGGGAGUUAUUUGAAGUGGGGGACAUAUGAGGCACUGGCUGCAAGAGAACAGAAACAGUGUGAACAAACAACACAGAAGAAGUCUGAACCAACAGUUUAUAAUAAUAUGCUGAAGGAUAAUAUUAAAAGCAAGGAAAAGUGUAAGUAUAGUUUAACACAAUUAAAUUAG